AUGACCAUAUUUCGCAACGUUUGCCUAACUUGCAAUAAUCUGUUAACCUCCAUUAGUUCUAAUGGAGACGGCGGAACUGGCCGGAGGAGCAGCUUUAUCCCAGAGGAUAGCAAGUCUAAAUUGAAGGAUCUGUUCACCCGUGGAUUGCUAAAGGACGCCCUUUUCGACAAAAAUCUUAUAUCUGAUAAACUUGCUGGCAUCUUGAAGGUAGCAUACUGUUCUGAGAAUGCAUCAGGCCAACCUGUAGAACAGCCACCGUUUGUUAUAUCACCAUUCGAUUUACUUACUUUUGAGAACUUGACACGGGAAUACAAGAAUGUCAUGACUCAAGACAAUUACGAUGGGUUUAGGUUGGAAGCAGAUAGACAAAUCACUCCCAAUUUACAAGCCAGCCAUACACUAUUUUUGGGUACAUUGCUAAGGGAUGUUGGCUAUAUUUAUCAGAUUGGAGCUAACUACGCAAGUGAUGAUGGAAAGUCCCUUGUUAUGGCAAAAAUAGGUUUGGAUGGAAAUAUUGUUGCCAGAGGACUGGUAAAAGUUAACAAGAAUUUGGAAAUUAGAGCGAAUACUAACUCACGCCUAAAGUUUGACAAUCAAAAUGCAUUUGAAAUCGGGGCAGAUUAUGUUUCUGAUUUUUGGACAGCAUCAUUGAAGAGCGCAUGGCAAGGAACCUGGAUAUGGAAUGUUGCAUACACUCAUCAGAUUGUUCCAAGUUUUUCUGUUGGCUCAGAAUUAACAUACAUCAACAUCAAUGGCGCAUCAAUAGGUUCUUUGGCAGCAAGAUAUGUAAAGGGUGAUCAUAUAUUUACAUGCCAACUAACUCGUCAACCUAACUUCAAACUUGCGGAUUUCACAAAAAAUGAGGUUACUUGUGCCAGGGUUCAAUAUACUAGAAAGGUGAACGAUAGACUAUCACUAGCCGCAGAAUUGGAACUUACUCCCACAGCCAAGGACUCAGCAUUGCGCGCUGGAUGGGAUUAUAUGUUCAGACAUGCCAGAGUGCAGGGUAACAUAGAUUCCUGUGGAAGAAUUGCCAUGCAAGCCCAAGACUUUUCUGGUUUUGGGGUAAGUGGUUGUAUCGACUACUGGAACAAUAUUUAUCGCUUUGGUUUCAUGAUGCAUCUGCUUCCACCCCCUCCUGAGCAAAGAGGCCCUGAGGAAAUGGUGAAUUAG